UAUCUAUAGUAUUCUUUAGGCAUAGUAUAGAUUAUUAGCAAUAUCGACCAUUAUAUCUUGUAUCCAAGAACUUGAAGAAGAAAGAAAUAUGCGUCUCUGGAUCACAGACAUGACUAUCGAUCUAGAUCUAUAUAGAUUGAGAAAAAAAAAGGACUACCUAAAGGAGCUUAUAUUCUUGCAUGAGAUGAAAAAUGUAAAACAUAUUCUAAAGAAAGAUUAUAUGAACACAGUAAGAAUGUGUAAUGUGCAAUAAAGGAGGUACAAAUCUGCAAAAUUUCAAGCAAUACCCUUAAACUCAUGCACAAACCAAACAGUUUCAGUGCCCUGAAUUGCACGAAAGAAUUUAGAUCCCAAUAUCAGUUAUAGGAAUACAGAAUGGUUCACUCAGGACAGUCUUUUAAAUGCAACUUGUGUAACAAAUUCUUUACUUCGUUGUUGACUUUAAAAAAACAUUUUUUGAUUCAUACUGGAGAAAAACCUUUUCAGUGUUAUCACUGUAACAGAAAAUUUAGAUGUCUUUCAAGGUUAAAAGAACAUCUUUCAUUUCAUCUUGGUUAUUUGCAAUUUAAAUGUCCUUUUUGUAGUAAAGAGUAUUCUAACAAUUCUUAUUUACAAGAACAUAUACAAACUCAUAGUAUAAAAAUGAAAACCUUUCAGUACCCAAUUCACUGUCAUAUUUGCAAUAAAGGUUUCAGAAAAUCUUCCCACUUAAAAUCACAUAUGUUUUCUCAUACUGGAGAGAAACCAUUUAAAUGUAACCAGUGCUGUAAAGGGUAUAUUUCUAACAGAAGUUUGACUCUGCAUGCAUUUAUUCAUACUGGGAAUCUACCAUUCCAGUGUAAUAUUUGCAAAAAAGGCUUUGUUAAGCAUUCUGCAUAUAGAGACCACCUGCUGAUUCAUACAGGAGAGCUACCAUAUCAAUGUGACAUUUGUUCUAAAAGGUUUAAAACAAGCUAUGGUAGGAAUCGACAUUCUUUGAUUCAUAGUAAAAAGACACAAUUUAAUUGUACUCUAUGCAGUCAAAGGUUUAACUUUAGAUCACAUUUAUUGUCGCACCUAAAGCAAGCUCAUCGAGAUAGUAAAGGAGAACAAUGUUAUAAAUGUAUUUUGUGUAAUCAGGUUUAUUUAAACAAGAUAUCAAUUCUGUUGCACCUGAAACAUCACAUCAGUGACAGGACAGAACUCAGAUGCUUAUUGUGCAAUAAAGUUUUUUCCAACAUCUUUUCUCUUAGAGGCCAUAUCAAGCAUCACUUAAGAGAAAAGGUGUUUGUAUGCGUACUGUGCAAUAAAAGGUCUGACUACAAAAGUAAUUUAAGUGAACACAUAAAAACUCAUGUGAUAAAGAGGAAAACAAGAUAAACUAUCGAUCCUUGUGAGUUUUUUUUAAGGAUGUUUCAUCUGAAGUAUCAUAUUGUUUGGCACACAAGGAAAACAAUCUUUACAUGCGUAGUGUGUAAUAAAAUUUUAAUUUCCAACAGAAUUUAAUAAAUGGUAUCAAAUCUCAUGUACUGUUAACAAUGGGUUGCACACCAAAAAAAAAUUGAUUUAUUAUUUCUUCCGCGGACACUAUUAAAACAACAAAGAUGAUCUUUCAGACAGACUGCUGCCACUCGAGUUCAUUUUUGCUGAAGCUUAAUAGAUACUGAACAAUAAUGCUGGGAACAAGAUCUGUUCUAGUUGGACUUGUGUACUGGGGUAUUUGGCAAGCUCAUUUGUUCUGUAAGCUUUGCAUUAGACUGUCUCACAGUCUCCUCUAACAUAGGCAUUCGGCAGAAUGUGUACCAGUACUAGUAAUAAUACUCUUUUUUAGACUGGACCUAAGUUGUUUAUUUACGGCAAAAAUGAAGCUGUCUUUAGGGCCAUUUGAAAAUUAGGGCUAUAACUAAUUUGUACAAUAAAGGCAAUUAUGCUUUACUUAUUCAUUUAAGUUCUAAAGCAAUGCCACAAAAUGCUUGAUUAAAACAGUGGAACCUAACACUUUUCAACCUGGGAACUUAAUAUAUUUUCAAGACAUGUAAAGGGGGCAUAAUCUCAUUAAGCCGUUGAUUUCAAUGAAUCCAAUCCUUUUUAGUUUCAGGAUAAACUGUGAAUUGGAGUCUUAAGUGGGACACCACACCAUAGCCAGUCAUAAGCCUUAAUAUUAUAUUACCUAUGGGCCAUAGUUUGUAUAUCACUGAAUUAAUAAGGUGGCAGAUGUGUUGGGUAAAGUAAGGGUAAAAAUAAAUGAGUUGUUAAUGAUUGAUUAAUGCAAUGAUAUGUUGUUUACAAGAUUAGAAAAAAAAAAAUGAAGAACUAUCUAUACUAUGAAGUAGAAAGUAAGGCGUAUGUAUGUAUGUAUGUGCCGAAUAGAAAUCAAAACCGUUUGACCAAUCUUGAUAAAACUUGGCAGAAAUGUUCUUUGGGUGUUAACUUGAACCGUGACGUAUGUAUAGUAGUCCUAAAACAAACUUAAGACCCUAAAAAAAAAGUUGCCCAACUCUAUAAAAAUAUUGUAUCUUAUAAAUCUAGGUCACAAAGCCAUGUCUACAUCAAGACAAAGAGGUCACGCAUGCGCAGAUAUAAAAAUGUCUAUGUCUAAAUUAGCUCUCAUUCAAGAAAACAUAAUUUUUUUACUUUUACACAUGAACAUACAUAUUAGUGUCUAUUCAUUUCAAUAUGAAACUUAACCUUCAAACUUGAGUUUACAAAACAUUUUUUACAUAAAAUCGUUCGCUCUAAAUGUAAAUAGCUUUAAACGUCUUGACAUACUUUUCCGUAACUUGCGGCUCCAUUACAUGAACCGCGUAGUGAUACAAAUGCAAUGAACGUCAGAGGUCAUAAUAUCGCGCAUAAUAAAGGCAUAUUAUUAAACUAAUAAAUUACUUACAUAAUAUAAUUUACUUUCCAAUGUGUUUUUUUUAAAGCAUUUAAGCCUACGGCUACUGAUUCGGUUUUCAUUUUAAGUCUUUAUUUUCAAAUUACUUUUUUCUUAAAGAUUUACUUAAUUGUAAUUAGUCAGAAAAUUGCUUUGAUUUUACAAGUAUCUACCAUGUAUAUAUUUCAUAUAAAUACUGGAUAUAUAUACUUAUACACUCUUUAUUUUCAAAUUACAUAUUUGUUAAAGAUUUACUUAAUUAUAUUUAGUGAGAAAAUUGCUUUGAUUUUAAAAGUAUCUACCAUGUAUAUAUUUCAUAUAAAUACUGGAUAUAUGUACUUAUACAUCUUUAAAUUUAUAAUCUGUCAUUAUACAUUUUGUUUGUUCUUAUUAUGCUCCAUUGUAAAAUCUUCUUUUAAAGUUCUUUACUCUUGCACCAGUUCAUAUUUUGUUUCUUUUUCUAUUGAUCUUGUCUUUGUAAUUUUUUACUGACAGUCUAGUAACAAACCAACAAAAUACCAAGAGGCAUCGUAGAGGCUGGUGUCAUACAGUGUGGGUGUGAUUAGCUAAUUAUGUCGCCCUCCUCUCUCCACAUAUGAACACUCCGAGAAAUAAACAUUCUCAUAUGUCAUUUGAUGAAGCAUUCCCAUAUUAAAUGUCAUGCGAUGAAACAGUCCCAUAUUAAAUGUCAUUGGAUGAAACAUUCCCAUAUUAAAUGUCAUUUAAUGAAACAUUACGUUAAAUUUUUUUAUUUUUUUUUUUGCUUUUCUAGUCUUUUGCAUUGAUUUUUUUUUAAUUUAUUUCAAUGCUGUUUGUCUUCCUUGAAUGAAAUGAUCAUGUUGCACAUGUUGUGACCAACCAAAAGGUUGGGAAAUAUAAAAUGCGCCCAAGAAUAUUGCCAAUUAAUUGAAUUUAGUCAAAUACAUUUUGACCACAAUUGUUCCUUACAUCUCUAAAUGCUUCUUUUUUU